AGACUGGCUCGUAAAGAAUGUGGCUGCCACUGGCUUCACGAGCGAGCUGUUAUGGCCUGAAGGAAGAAGAUGCGCUUGCUUGUUAAAGCCGCCUACAUAGAAGGCAACCUGACGAAUUGAACAUUUAAACCCUACACCGCCAUUGGUCUCCUCCAGUUCAGCUAUUCAUCAAUCUCUUGGACCAGGCUACCCGUCGGAGCCUCAGAGGCCGACCAGACUUUAUCCUCCUCUCUUUCUCCGGAGGUCACGUAAAGAAUAUCGUGAAUGGCUUAUAUGCGUAGUCUGUCCACAAGAGCAACCCUUUUUGCUCGAAGAUGCCAUCCAUCUUUUACUUAUGUUCUCCAUGAUGAUGAUCGAAAACAUUACACAAGUGUUGAAGAUUUGUCUCCCCAAAGAAUUGAUAAUUUUGUUCAGAGGAGGUCAUUCGGAAGUAGUAGCUUCAACAAGUUGGCUGGGUUUGUUCCCUUUCUCCCAGAUAGAGGAUGUUCCCAUGUUCUUCUUCCGUCGAGCUUCGGCCCCCCAUUUCACAGGUAUAUGUCAACGACUGUUGGUGAUGGGUCAGAAAAAAUUGAAAUAAUGAGUGAUGUUGCUGGUGUUUUGACGGAUACAACCGUAGAAGCAGUUGCUUCCCAGGCCUCUGCAGUGAAUGAAGUUGCCAUUGCUGCUGCUGAUUCUUUCUUGCCUGUUCAGGCUUUGCAAUACCUCAUAGAUGCUGUACAUUCUUUUACCGGCUUGAACUGGUGGGCUUCCAUAGCUUUAACAACUCUUUUGAUUCGAGGGGCAACACUUCCACUUUUGAUAAAUCAACUUAAAGCUACUGCAAAACUUACUCUCUUGAGGCCGCACUUGGAGGAAUUAAAGCAGCAGAUGCAGGAUAAGGGUAUGGAGCCAGCUGAAGGUCAACAACAAAUGCAGAAGCUUUUUAAGGAAUACGGUGUAAGCCCAUUUACUCCCUUGAAAGGAUUUUUUAUACAAGGCCCUGUCUUCAUCAGUUUUUUCCUCGCAAUUUCAAAUAUGGCAGAAAAGGUGCCAUCAUUCAAAGGUGGUGGAGCCUACUGGUUUGUUGAUCUCACCACUCCAGAUAGUUUGUACAUUUUGCCUCUUUUGACAGCAGUGACAUUCUUAGUAACUGUGGAGUGCAACAUGCAAGAGGGUAUGGAAGGAAAUCCUGUUGCUGGCACCAUGAAAAAUGUUUCAAGGGGCAUUGCCGUUCUUACAGUUCCAUUUACCAUGAGUUUUCCUAAGGCAAUAUUUUGUUACUGGGUUACGUCCAAUUUGUUUUCGCUUCUGUAUGGGCUUGCGCUUAAAAAUCCCGGCGUGAAGAAAUUCUUGGGUCUUCCUGAAAUGCCUGUGGCGCAGCCACCUACUGCCCCACAACCUGCCUUCUCUGCGUUUUCAGCACUGCAACGUCCUACAGUGGUCAAACAGGAAGCCACCCCAAUACCUCCUGAAUCAGUAAAGCGCCCAGACCAGAGAAUUUCUUCAUCAUCCCUUAUCAGUCAAAGGCUUAGAAGUUUAGAGAAACAAGUAAAAGGAAGAAAGAAAACCAAGAAGAGGUGAGGAAAAAAUUUCCAUUGUUAGAAUUUAUGCAACCAAGAUUAUAACUAAUGAGGUUUGAUUGCUUUUAAAACGAGUGUAAAAUUCAAUUUUUGUUGGGAUAAGGUUUAAUACCUGAGAGAGAGCACACUAUUAACAGUUUAUUUAAUAAACUAGAUUACAGCUGAGUGUUUGUAAUUUUCGCUAAAUCAGUUGAAAAUUUUGCUCAAUGAUCAAUGUUUUUGGGGGUGAAAAUAUCUGUUAACUUUACUGGGCUUCCCUUUCAGUUUUGUGUUUGUAGUCUUGAAUUGUUCUGUUGGUUUUGCCUUCGCUGAAACAUGAGUUGAACUCGACCCAAGGUAGAAGAAGACAAAGCUCCCGAGGUUGACUUGAGGAAACUCAUUGACCAUGUCGAACACAGACUAAAUAAAUUUGCUUUGUUUCUGCUCGCACCAAAAAGAGAACAAAAAUGAGAGAGGAUAAGAGUGAAAGAAGAAUCAGCUCCUCCGAGAAUUCAAUUGCCAUUUGUUAUUUUUCGGCCCGAGGAAAGGAUAAAAGUAUUUGGCAGUUGGAACUCAGCCAUGAGCAAGUGUGGUGGUUGGCUGGCAUUGCUCGAAACAGGCACUUUUGACUUUCGACACUGGGGAGAAAAUUUGGCUUAAGCGAAGUUUGUUCGAAUUGGUUUGAUCCGAACAAACUUCAACAUGAAACUCGAGGGAGAAAGUUUCUUUUUCAGGGGAGAAAAUUUUCUCACGGAUGAUGUCUCAGGGGAGAAAAUUUCUGUUUCCUUCGACAUGAAACAAACUGUUCGGAUUGUUUCGAUCUAAUUUGGCUCAAGCGAAGUUUGUUUAUUAAAUGAGUUGAUCUUACACUUAAAAAAUUAUUAUCACAGCUUG